AUGAUGAUUUCAAGGAAACUGAUGCUGCUGGCUCUUAGAGCUGCCGUUGUUGAUGCCCUCAGAGACACAUCACCUUUCAUCCUUCUUUCCACUUCAGAAUUGCUUUCCUCUGCUUCCUCGAACGUCGUAUCCGCAACUUCUCUACUCAGCGAUGUCUGGAGUAGCUUAAAGACUUGUCCGUCGGACUAUUAUAUCAUUGCGACCCAGCCAGGUGUCCACGCUACCGACUACUCGACUCAGAAGGCAACACCGCGUCUCCGGGAAAAGGUGCUAGGAAAUGACAAGGCAAUUCGUUCCAACAUAACAGUUACAGAGGUCGUGGGUCUAUUAGACCCGACAUUUAUUCGAAAUGGCUUGGAACAGGAGUGCGGUGCACAAGUGACCAAGAUAGAUGGAGGAGCAAGCGGCAUAUCUCUCGAGUUUAAAAGUGGACCAAGGGUUAUAGACAUUACAUUUCCUGCUCUGUCUCUGCAUGAGUCGCGCUUGCAAGAAUUGUCCCACAAUGAUGCCGUGCUUGCGGAUGUUCUCGACCACAUCCCAUCCUCCAAAUAUACGCUCAUCUAUGUCACCACUCCCCGCGAGUAUGAAGAUGAAGACUUAAGCUCUAUCAAUUACGGCUCUAGUGAUGAUCUCCAAGAACCAAUUCACCAAGAUUUGAAACGCGAUUUCGCGGAAUCGAUCCGGGAGGAUGACACGUCCGAUAACAGAUCACUCUUCCAGAAAUACCAAUUCCUGAGCCCAGGUAUCUUUAUGGGCUUCGUCGUCGCAUUCGUCCUUAUCACGAUUCUGUAUGUCGGCAUCUCUGCGCUGGUCGGCCUUGAGGUGCCCUACGCUGCUUUUGAGAAGGACACAUCGCCCAAUUCCCAGAAAAAGCAGCAAUAA